AUGGCUUCAGGAACGUUUGCUUCCCUGCGCAGGCUGUCCCUGGCGUUUGUCGCGGGGCUCUUGGCCUUGUCUCUGCUUGCCGCCGCAGAUAUCGUUUCUGGCGACACUCACAGCGACAUCUCCGUCGCCGGUCUCUCCGCCCCGCAGAUUGAGGAACAGUUGCAGGAAUGCCCUCUUGUCCAAGCGUUGAACGAGCACAAGCUCGUGACGAAGCCGCCGACCACAAGUCUCGCGUCGCGCAUUUUCGCCGUUCUCUUCCCUGGUAGCCCGGCCGUCAAUGCGAUUCUGGCGACUAUAUACAUAUCCGGUCCUCCAAAUUUCCUUCUGGCACUGUGCCCGCCCAACAUUGACCCGUCAUCGCUGUCGGUGAUGGUCGCGUUCGCCGUCGGAGGACUGCUCGGAGACACCCUGUUCCACUUACUACCGGAGAUCUUCCUCGGAGAGGACUCGCCCGAACGUGCUCGUUUCGUGCUCGUCGACCCGAACAAGAACCUCCUCCUGGGUCUGGGUAUCAUGGCGGGCUUCCUCACCUUUGUCGCCAUGGACAAGACGCUGCGGAUUGCGACCGGAGGCGAUGGAGGACAUGACCAUAGCCAUGGCCAUGCGCAUGCUCACGAGAGCGAGGCUACCGCCGCCGCCGUCGCCGCCACGGGCGCCGACACCAAGGGUGAUGGGGAACUGAAGCAGCGCAAGACCAAGUCCGGCGCAGAUAAGCCCAAGGACAACGACGAGAAGGAAAUCAACCCGAGCGUAAAGCUCGGCGGAUACCUCAACCUCAUCGCUGAUUUCACUCACAACAUUACGGACGGGUUGGCGCUGUCCUCUUCUUUCUACGCAUCUCCGACGAUCGGCGCCACGACGACCGUCGCAGUUUUCUUCCACGAGAUCCCGCACGAAGUGGGCGACUUUGCGCUUCUGGUGCAGUCAGGAUUUUCGAAGCGCAAGGCCAUGGGGGCGCAAUUCGUCACCGCGAUCGGAGCGUUUCUGGGAACAUUUAUCGGGAUCGCCGUGCAGGAAUUCGGCGGCAGUGGAAGCGACUCCGGCGCUUCUGCGCAAUAUUCAGCGGGCUUGCUGGGUACAGGUCUGAGCUGGGGGGACAUGCUUCUCCCCUUCACGGCGGGGACAUUCCUUUACGUCGGCACCGUGGCGGUCAUCCCCGAGUUGCUGGAAACCGGCAAAGAUAAGACUGCUGAGGUCAAGAAGACGCUGGUGCAGUUUGUGGCCAUGGCUGUUGGCGCGGGGAUCAUGCUGGGGAUCUCCUGGUCAUGA